AUGGACCCGCUGACUGGGCUGCCCCGGGUGCUCUGGCUGCUUCUGUUCUUGCAGCUGUCGCUGCUAGGAGGUCAUCCGCACCCGCUGGGUGGCCCUGGCCCCUCUUUGGACCUGUCUCAAGAUGGCAGCAGCGAUGAACAGGAGCCGCUGGAUCGUCUUCCGGAGCCGUGGAAUGGGUGGCUAGCCGUGGAGCCCCUGCGGCAAGGACACGGCUCUGCCGAAGCCUGGACCGCCAAACAGGCGGCUUCUGCGGGCGGCCUUGGGCCUCCUGACUAUGUCCUCCAGGCCCUGUGGGGACUACCAAGCCCCAAGAAGACACCUGCCUCGGGCUGCUUCGGGAGGAAGCUGGACCGCAUCAGCUCCUCCAGUGGCCUGGGCUGCAAGGGGUGGAGGAGUCAUUAA